GAAGCAGCUCCGGGUUGCAGGGCAGGGACGCGCCCUUCCCCCGUGCAAACUUUCAGUCGCUGCGACGGAAGCAGGAACUUGAUCACGACAAAAUCUGCGGGGCCCGUGCGGGAGCUGCGGAGCAUCCUCUGCGAUCCUUUCCAGACCCUUGCGCGCCUCGCCGGUCCUUUGAAAAGGCGACCUAGCCGUCUUUAAGCGCCACGGGGACCACAAGAAAGAGUAACCUGUACAAUUUUCCUGAAGUAAACUGAGACCAGAAGAGUCAUCCUCGACCUCUGAAGAGAGACCAAGAUUAACAAGCAUUCAGAAUGCUCUUCCGGGAGAAACAGGGCUUGGCUUAUACUUUGGUGGUCAUUUGCUUCCUGACACCAAGGCUGUCUGCUGGUCAGAAGUGCCUCACCGAGAGUCUAGAGGAUGUUGUCAUUGACAUCCAGUCUUCUCUUUUAAAAGGAAUCAGAGGCAAUGAGCCCAUCCGUACAGUAACCCAGGAAGACUGCAUCAGCGUCUGCUGUUCAACACAAAACAUAGCGGGGGACAAAGCGUGUAACCUGAUGAUCUUCGACACCCGGAAGACAGCCGGGCAGCCCAACUGCUACCUGUUCUUCUGCCCCGAUGAGGAAGCCUGUCCACUGAAGCCAGCAAAGGGACUUAGGAGCUACAGGCUCGUCAGAGAUUUUCCAUUGACCAGGGUUACUUCCCCACUCCAAAAGUUAACACAAGAAGAAUCUCCCUUACUUGACCAUACCUCACCAGCAGUCUCUCCCCGGGCCCAUCCUCCCACGGGUUACCCGGAGCCCACUGGCCUGUUUUGGAGAGACGUAUCUUCUCAGGAGUCCACCUCCUCCGCUCACUCACAGAACCUCAUCAAGAUCGACGAAACGAGUACCCAUCUCCCUGUUUAUAAAGAAAGAAGCCAUUCUCCGAGUUUACAGCUUUCCUCGAAACGAAACAUGGCUCACCUGCUCCCUACAAAUGCAACCCUGACUGUUGCUUCUAUCCAUAACGUCUCUGCCACUCUGGAGCCUGCGCUUCUCGUGGCCAGCGCGUCAGUGACACCCGUGACUUUACAGCAGACAGAGGCCACCACAGCUCUACCUCUAACCACCGUGACUGGGAAGCCCCCUGCAGCCCCCAUGUCAACAAGUGUUACACAAGCGGUCACGCACCAGGCAACCCUGAGUGCCGUCUUUCAGGUCCGUACAGACUCAAAAGGCAUCGUAGAAACAGCGCCCUUUCGAGGAGGCUCCGUGCUAACCCCAGAUAUGGGGCAUGGGAAAAGCUCUGCGGUCCUUCCUCGGUCAACCUCAGGGUCCCCCGUUCCAAGCGAGACUGCUUCCAGGGAGAAUGGGAAGGUCAGUGUAGGCAGUUCACCACUGAGCAAGGUUUCAAAGAGUCAGCAUGGCCUUUCCUUUGAGAAGUGGCUUCUCAUUGGGACGCUCCUCUUUGGUGUUCUGUUCCUGGUAAUAGGCCUCGUCCUCUUGGGUAGGAUGCUGGUCGAAUCCCUCCGUAGGAAAAGGUAUUCAAGACUUGACUACUUGAUCAAUGGGAUCUAUGUUGACAUUUAAAGAUAAAUUGGGCAUCUCUUAGUUCAUGUAACAACUCGUUGCCAAAUGCACCUGUGUUGCUUCUGCCCAGCUCAUCUCAGUAGGAGCUAUAUCUAGAAGGAUGUCUCUGCUGCUUUUCCUCUUUCACUUUUCCUGUUUGAGACAGGCUCAGGUAGCUCAGACUGGUCUUGAACUCCUGCUCUUCCUGCCUCUGCCCCCUCCCCCAGUUCAGGGGUUGCAGGUUUUCACUACUGUGUCUGGAUUUUUAAUUAAAAAAAUUUUAAAUUCUUUUGCAGCACUGGAGGUCAGAUUCAGGGCCUUCUGCAUGCUAGGCCCUUCUUGUCUCCUCCUGAGCUACAUCCCAGUCCAAGCACUUUCUAUUUGCUUGUUUGCCUUUUUGGUUUUUGUUUUUCAGAAGAAGAGAAAGGAUUUAAAAAAAAAAAAAAGAUAAGUUAUCUGAGUGGCCGAGUGUCUGUAAAAUAGUAGCUGAAAAUAAUUCCUAGCUGAAAUAGUAAGUGUACUUGAGUACAAGCUAGAGACCGGUAUCUGAGCAUAAGUCUAGGCCAUCUCUGAGUUGCAAUUCAUUGCUAUUUCUCAUCCCAGAUAAUAGCGACUGUUUGAUACUUGUUUUAAUGGAUUCUCUUUUCUUUUUUUAUAUGAAUUCCAAUAAAACUCAUUCCAGAUGUA